CUUUUAUUUGCUAAAACCCGCCAUCCAUAGAUUUGAAAGCCGAAAUUAGGAAAGUAUUGAAUUUCUGAUUUCUCACGCCGUUAAAAGGGGUUUACUUUAAUCCUCUCAUUUAUUUAUUUUCUCAAUUUGAUCGAUUUGUUAGCAACCCAAUUGCGGCCCCCGAGGCUCCGUCCGAAAUGUCGACUCAUAGUUGCCGCCCGUCGACGGCCUCUUCGUCGUCUCCGUCAAAGGCCAAGACGAAGAAGAUCGCUGCUGUGAAACCAAAAUCGGCCAAGAAGCGAACUGCUCUUGAUGAUGUAACCAACAUAAGAAAUGGGUCUCAAAUUAGGGUUCCGACAACGCUUUCACGAUCGAAGCCCUUAGUGCCGUGUUCAGCUAAAACUACAAAGAUAAAGAACGAGUCUUCUACUUGCAACUUUGAUAAAGGCCUCUCUAGAAACACUUUAUCAGGCUUCUCGUGUGUGAAAUCUGAUGCCCUUGCUCCUUCGAAGAAUGUGCCUUUACAUGGAAAUAAUCAAUCUACAGUUGGAACUACGGCCCUCGCUGUUCCAAGCAGCAUUGGCACUUUCUUCCCCGCCAGCAGUGUUGUUCCUUCGCCCUCUAGAGGUGAUGCGUCCCCAACUAGAUCAACUGAUGGUUCAGUUUCCUUGGAUGAGACCAUGUCUACUUGCGAUUCUUUGAAGAGCCCAGAAAUCGAAUAUGUGGAUAAUGAUGAUAUUUCAGACGUUAACUCUAUUAAGAGGGAGGCAAAUAACAGCUUUCUAGUUUCAGAGGAUGUGUAUCAAGGAAGCAUGCUCAAGCAUGAUAUAUUUGUGGAGAUGGAACAUGCCCAUGGUGUUCUUGUUAUUGAUGAGAAUUCGAUAGACCCACAACAUUCUGCAGAUAUUGAUUUGGAAAUUUAUGAGCACUUGCGUUCAGCUGAGGCAAAGAAAAGGCCUUCUGUAGACUUUAUGGAGAAAGUCCAGAAAGACAUUACUACUGGUAUGCGUGCCACACUUGUUGAUUGGCUAGUGGAGGUUGCUGAAGAAUACAAGCUUGUACCUGAGACACUAUUUUUGACUGUUAACUACAUUGAUCGUUAUCUCUCUGGCAACAUGAUGAAUAAGCAACAGUUGCAACUGCUUGGCGUUGCCUGCAUGCUGAUUGCAGCUAAAUACGAGGAGAUCUGUCCACCAGGGGUGGACGAAUUCUGUUACAUUACCGACAAUACAUACCAAAAGGAGGAGGUUUUGCACAUGGAAUCUGCUGUGCUGAACUACUUGAAGUUUGAAAUGACUGCCCCAACAGUCAAAUGUUUUUUGAGGCAAUUUGUUCAUGUAGCACAAGCGACAAAUGAGACUCCAUCGAUGACGUUCGAGUGUCUGGCCCUCUACAUUGUGGAGUUGUCACUUCUGGAUUACAGCAUGCUUCGUUAUUCCCCAUCACUAACUGCUGCUUCUGCUACCUUCUUGUCCAAAUUCAUACUUUCCCCUUCCGAGAAACCUUGGAAUUCUAGCUUGGCGCGAUACACCCUCUACCAACCGUAUGAGCUGUGUGACUGCGUCAAGGCGCUUCAUCGCCUCUGUUGUAACGGUCACUGUCCUAAAUUGCCUGCAAUUAGAGAAAAGUACAGUCAGUAUAAGUACAAAUCUGUGGCCAACAAGUGCUGUCCCCCUUCAAUACCUGCGGAGUGUUUUGAAGUAUGAAGAUCCAAGAGAGUAGGCAGUUGCAACAACACUACAGAGCCCUAUUGGUGUACUUGAUGCGUCUGCUGAUAGUUUCUAGUUUCUGUAUAGUGACUGGAUACCUGAUAUAGUUUGUGGCAUAGUUUCUUCCCUUUGUUUUGGUGCAGUUUCUCACUGCGUCAUUUCUACGGAGAAAAAAGACCAAAGCUGUUAAUAUUGUGCAAAUAUUUUUCUGGAUUAGGUUUUUCAUUCUCUUUUUAGUGCAAAUAUCUGCUCAAUCUUGGAUACAGGUUAUCGUUGUCGAA